GCCCCAGCUCCCGUCACCCGGACCCACGACAAGGAGGUGACACGAGGAGGCCCCAGGAUGUCGGAGCUGGAGAAGGCGGUGGUGGCCCUCAUCGACGUUUUCCACCAGUAUUCCGGGAGGGAGGGUGACAAGCACAAGCUGAAGAAGUCGGAGCUUAAGGAGCUCAUCAACAACGAGCUCUCUCAUUUUCUAGAGGAAAUCAAAGAGCAGGAGGUUGUGGACAAAGUCAUGGAAACACUGGACAAUGACGGAGACGGUGAAUGUGACUUCCAGGAGUUUAUGGCCUUCGUUGCCAUGGUUACCACCGCCUGCCACGAGUUCUUUGAGCACGAGUGAGAGGGAGAAAGCAGCCCGCUGCUCCUUAACAGAGGUCACCCAAAAGGAAGAGAACGAGGGCUUGCAGGCUAGUAGAAGCUGAGCUCUCUAGUCGUGUUGUAGCUAUUUAGGAAGCUUGAUUUGCUUUGUGAAUGAAAAACUGGCAGCCUCUCUCUAAGGGCUGUUUCAAAUGGCCUGCA